AUGGCUUUCAAUUUCUCCCGCCUCGAUGCUCAAUCCGCCGCCGAGAAAGCCGUCUCGGUGAUCGGACUCGGUUACGACUUCUCCUCCGACGUCCGUCUCUCCGCUUGUAAACCCACACCCGACGGGUCGAGAUUAGUCGAUAUCGACCCGACCCGGAACCGAGACCUGGUUUUCCCCGGCGGAAUUGUCGUCAGUAACGUCUCGAGCUCGAUUAAGUGCGAUAAAGGCGAGCGAACUCGUUUCCGCUCCGACAUACUCUCUUUUAACCAGAUGUCGGAGAAAUUCAAUCAGGACAUGUCACUCUCCGGGAAGAUUCCGUCGGGGAUGUUCAAUAGUAUGUUUUAUUUAUCGAAAUCUUGGCAGAAAGAUGCGAGCUCUGUCAAGACUUUAGCUUACGACGGAUGGUUUAUUAGUUUGUACAGUGUAGAGCUCGUUAGGUCUCAAGUCACUCUACGCGAUGAAGUCAAGCGUGAAGUCCCUUCUUCUUGGGACUCUGCUGCUCUUGCUGGGUUUAUAGAGAAAUACGGAACGCACAUAGUAGUAGGAGUGACAAUGGGAGGCAAAGACGUGGUACACAUGAAGCAGCUACGUAACUCGAAUCACGAGCCGGAUGAAGUACAGAGACGGUUGAAGCAUUUGGCUGACAAAAGAUUCUCAGCUGAGACAGUUGAAGAAACCAUCUCCUCUCCUGUCUCUGUCCAAAGUCCUUUAUUUCAAGGACCGUUUGGGACCUCCGUUGGUCGUCCUGAGAUCAGGCGGUCCAAGAACGAGGACAUGAUGAGCAUUUUCAUCAGGAGAGGAGGUGUUGACAUGGGACAAAGCCAUGACCGAUGGCUCUCAACGAUCUCGCAGUCACCAAACGCCAUCUCCAUGUGCUUUGUUCCCAUCACUUCGUUAUUGAGCGGUCUUCCCGGAACAGGGUUUCUUAGUCACGCGGUUAACUUGUACCUCCGGUAUAAGCCGCCGAUUGAGGAGCUUCAUCAGUUUCUCGAGUUCCAACUUCCACGGCAAUGGGCUCCGGUGUACGGAGAUCUCCCUCUCGGGCUACGCCGCACGAAACAGAGCUCUCCGUCUCUUCAGUUCUCUCUCAUGGGUCCUAAACUUUACGUCAACACAUCAAAGGUUGAUUCUGGUGAGAGACCUGUGACGGGACUACGGUUAUUCUUGGAAGGGAAGAAAGGGAACCAUCUAGCGAUCCAUUUGCAGCAUCUCUCGACGUGUCCUCCAAGUCUCGGACUCUCACACGACGACACGUAUGAGCCUAUUGAUGAGUCGUGUGAGAAGUGUUACUACGAAGCUGUAAAAUGGGGGAUCUUCUCGCAUGUAUGCACGUUUCCGGUUCAGUACAACGGAGCUAGGUCUGACGACGCGGCGUCCAUCGUGACGAAAGCAUGGUUAGAGGUGAAAGGAAUGGGGAUGAGGAAAGUUCUCUUCUUGAGGCUCGGUUUCUCGCUCGUUGCGUCGGCUGUUACGCGUAAAAACUGCUGGGAUAAUCUCUCGACGAACUCGAGGAAAUCGGGUGUUUUCUCGAUGAUUAGUACAAGGCUAAGCACGGGUUUAAGUCCGGUCCCGGCGAUGAAGCCGCAGUCUAAGGUUGAUAUAAACUCUGCGGUGUAUCCUCGAGGGCCGUCGCCGCCUGUGAAGCCGAAGCUGCUGAGUCUGGUGGAUAUGAAGGAGGUGGUGAGAGGUCCUGAGGAGUCACCUGGGUAUUGGGUUGUGACUGGUGCUAAGCUUUGUGUUGAGGCGGGGAAGAUCUCUAUUAAAGCUAAGUAUUCUCUGCUCACUGUUAUGUCUGAAGAUUCUCUGGUCUGA